GUAACUGCUGGGAAGGGUUUCAGGACAAUGGGACACAUUGUCAGGACAUGGACGAAUGUGUGACGGGUAACUUCACCUGCCCUGACAACAGUACUUGUACUAACACAAAGGGGAGCUACAAAUGUGCCUGUGACCCAGGAUUCUCAAGCAACCGCUCCCGGUGUUUGGAUGUAGAUGAGUGCUCCUUUCGGCUUCAUCCAGUGCCCUAAAUUCUCCAACUGUCUAAACACAGUUGGAUCUUUUGUCUGUAAGUGCUGGGAAGGUUACCAAGGCAACAACACUGCCUGUGAGGAUAUCAACGAGUGCCUAGACAACUCUACCUGCCCUGAGCAUAGCACGUGCAUCAACACCAACGGAAGCCACCUGUGUGUUUGUGACGCCGGAUUUUCCAGCGUGGGGGACGUGUGCGUGGACAUCGAUGAAUGCAGACGUGACGUGGAGCUGGGGAAGCUUUGCACCAAUGGCAAAUGUAUGAAUGCUAUUGGCUCAUAUUACUGUGAAUGCAGGAAAGGUUUCUGGAGUAAUGGGACAAAGUGCAUGGAUGUUGAUGAAUGCUCAGAUUUCCACAACUCUUCAGUGUGUCAGCGUCAUUCAACAUGCGUCAACCUCAUUGGGUCUUACCGUUGCCCCUGUAACGAGGGGUUUAUUCUAAAUGGGACAGAGUGUCAUGAUGUGGAUGAGUGUAGUGACCCCGGUGGAACCCCUUGCCCAGAGCACUCCUUAUGUAACAAUAGAGCAGGGUCUUUCUUCUGUCUGUGUUCUCUUGGCUACAAACCCACUAGCGUUGGCUGCGAGGAUAUCGACGAAUGCAAGGACAACACCACCUGCCGCUUUGACCAGGUGUGCACCAACCUGCCCGGAGCAUACAACUGCUCUUGCCCGUCGGGGUAUCACGAGGAGAAACAAGCGUGCGUCGACAACAAUGAAUGUGAGAAUUCACCGUGCCACCCCUCGGCUAGGUGCUGGAACACCCCGGGCUCCUUUUCAUGCCACUGCGCUCUAGGCUUCGCUGGAAAUGGCUCCUGGUGCAAAGACGUGGACGAGUGUGUCGCCCUGACCAAACCGUGCCACCCUCUAGCUCGCUGCUACAACACCCCAGGGUCAUUUGCAUGCAAGUGUAUGGCUGGCUUUGUGAGUAUCGGGCCACUGUGUGUAGACUUUGAUGAGUGCCAACAGGCUAACAGGCAGUGUCACCCUGCUGCCACGUGCUCCAACCAUGCAGGAGGCUUCACAUGCUCUUGCAGUCAGGGCUGGAUUACUUCCAAAGACAAUGGUCGUGGAAAAGGAGGAUGUGUAGACUUGGAUGAGUGUGUGUCACCCACGGCAUGUCCUGGGCAAACAUCCUGCACCAACCUGCCAGGGUCUUACAACUGUUCCUGUCCCCAAAACAGCACAGUGUGCAGAAUGAUGACUCAGAAGGAGAGCAGCCUUUACCCCUUUGGAGCAGAAGUCGGUGAUAAAGGAGUAAACAUGGACACAGAAGAUGGGAAUUCCCCAUACAUCACGCCACCAAUGGGUUUCCUUUUUAUGGGAAAAUUGUACGACAGGGUUUAUUUUUCAGACAAUGGCCUUGUCCACUUUCAAUCUGUUGCUGAGAAUGAGCAGUACCUGCUCCCUUCUCCGUCAGCCAGCGGUUUCCCCGACAACAUAAAUGCGACCCUGUUAGCUGCGUUCUGGGAUGAUGCCGACCUCACCCAGGGGGAUGGGCGGCUGCUCUAUCAGGAAUACCACAGGCUUGACAUGUCAGACGUCUACUCCCAGGUGGUGUUUAACCGGACGGCAGACGAUGUGACAAAGUUUGAGGAGGGGCGAGGCAAGCCCGCCUUCACCCCGGCCUGGAUCCUCAAGAUCACCUGGGACCGCGUGAUGCCCGUCUCCUUCCAGAAGGUCAACUUCUCAGAGACCAACACUUUCCAGUGUGUCCUGACCACCGAUGGAGCGCGCUCCUUUGCCCUCCUGAAAUACGGGGACAUGCUUUGGGGUCCUGGCCAGAGAAAGUACCACGACGCUCUCAUCGGCUACACCGAUGGAAAGUCCUCCCACAAGGAGCCCACUGUACCCCCAGAAAACCUUUUUGGGCCAGGCGGCCGAUACAGGCCCCAGCAGGUGAAAGGGGUCAUGGGAAAGUUGGGCCAGCUGGUGUAUGAUUUGACAGCGUCGGCGGGGUCGGCCGUGGAUUUCGGUGCGAAGUGCCAGGCGUGGGCGAUGAAGGAGCCCGACCCUGCUGCGUGGACAAAGGAGCUGUCUUCGUGUCCCUGCACCCGCGCCCAGGCUCUGGAGGACCUGUCCUUCAUGCAGGAUUCCACUGACGCGGGGCCGAGGGUGAAGACGCUGAGGGGUCAGCGGUGGGGGGGCGCAGGGGGACAUGUCUUCCAGUCCGUCCUGUCCAGCAGACAGGGUUCAGGGAAGAGAUGUGUGUAUGACCCAGAUGGUCCGCUGCUGGCUGGGUACAAUGAGCGCUACUUCUCCGGAAACAGCAUACAAAAACAUAUUGAUGAAGAUCUCCUGCCAUUCCAGUGGUGUUGUAUCGAUUCUCCUCUGUGCCACCUUUACCUCAACAAGAGACCACUGGACCGUUGCCAAGGUUGCAGCUGGUCCGGCACUGACGGCUGCACCCUAUCCAAGCAGGCGACGCAGGGUGUAGGCAUGGUGUACGGCAGUCUCCAUUUCAUCACCUUUGAUGGGACGGAGUACUCCUUCAAGGCCCUUGGCGAGUUUGUGAUAUUGCGUCUGUCCUCCGCCACCGGCUCUAAUAUCUUCACCCUGCAAGGACAGACUGACAAGCUCCAUACAGACGCAAAGGGGAUCAGUGAGGUCCCAGUGGUGGUGCGCAUGGCUGCCUUCCACCAAGGCAUUGGCAAGAUUGAAUGGAGAUGUGUGGAGAAAGGAGACGGGCUGCGGAUUUUUGUGGAUGAUGCUGAAGUCCCUGUAACAGUUGGUGUCGUGCACGUGGGUGAGAAGGACUUUGCGGUGCGCUGUAUGUCAGUAAUUCGCUGUGCAGCGGUGUACGCCAGUGGUCUCCACGUGGUGGCGUGGCGGGUGGUUGGUCAAAAUCAGCUGGCGGCCAUGGUGGAGGUUCCCCAGACCUUCUACAACCGCACUGUGGGUCUCAUGGGUCUCUGGAGCUCCAACCGAUUGGACGAUUUCCUCAUGUCCGACGGCAGGCUCCUCCCCUCGACCAACCUCAACCCCCCCUCAGAGGAGAGACUGCACGACUUCGGCUUGUCCUGGGCAGUUCCUGUCCCAGAGAGCCUGUUGUUCUCUUCUCCUCCUCUGGCUCCACUGGAGCCUGUCUCCUCUCAGCGACUGCUGGAGAGCGUCAGUCCUGCUGAGGUGGAGGACCUGAGGAGAACCUGUGAAGGCAGCAUGCAGUGUGUCUACGACACGCUAGCAACCGGCAGCUCUGACCUGGGCCUGCGGACUCUGGACGCCAAGAAACAAUACAACCAUCUGGCUCUGAUUGAUGGUAACAUGCCUCCCAUAGUGAAAGGGCCCGCAGUGAUCCGAGGUGUCGUCAACUCCACAGUCAACAUUCAGAUUGUCGCUCAGGACCUAAACGGAGACCCCAUCACCUACUCGCUGCUCAACCCCAGGCCUCCACGGACUUCCAUAGGCAGCAGCGACGGCAUCCUGACAUGGACGCCCCUGACCACGCAGCCUGUCCAGCUGACCAUUAGAGUCCGAGACGAGCUCACCAGCUCCCUGUUCACCCCCAUCCUGUACGUCUGCAACUGCCUCAACGGAGGGUCCUGCCAGUACGACAGCGCCACUAACAACUACCAGGGAACCUUCCAAGUGGUAGGGUGCCUGUGCCCAAAGGGAUUCAGUGGAAAGUUCUGUGAGAACACUGCUGACAUAUGUCAGGGCAAACCCUGUUUUCGUGGCGUGCAGUGCACGUCGGAGUCAAAGCCUGGCCAGUUCACCUGUGGAGAGUGUCCCAAUAAUACUUUCUCCGGGGGGAAAAAGGGAUACAAGUGCUUUGAGCAUGACCUGUGCAGCCCUCCUUUCCCCUUCCCCUGCCACAAAGACGCCGACUGCCUCAGCACCAAACAAAGCUUCGCCUGCACAUGCAAGCCCGGCUUUACAGGAGACGGCCACAGCUGCACAGAUAUAGAUGAGUGUGCCAUGCUCACAACUUGUCCCAAUGCUAAGUUUGAAUGUAAGAACCAACAAGGCUCUGUGGAAUGCAUCUGUAGAUACCAGAAGACCACGGACACUGUCGGAUGUGGUGACUCUGCCAAUCCUCCAGGGUAUAAUGUGUUUAACGUCUCCAUGGGCCGGAUGAAGAACAGACCUAAUGGACUCCAACAGCUGGUGGACAUUCUGUCCAUGGGUUUCCAGAACAAAUUCUACAACGCCAGCAGAAAGGAUCCGAUGCAGGGCUCCAAUCCCGAUGUGACGGAGUAUCGUAUCAACGUGUCCAGUGACACACCCCACUGGUACAUCAGAGACUACCUGGCCAGGAUCAGCAGCCACUAUGACAUCAGCAGCAUAGAAGUUGACGAUCUGGAUGAGUGUAAGACCAAGGAGGCGAGGUGCGCCCACCCUGCCCUCUGCACCAACACCUACGGAGGCUACAGGUGUGUUUGCAACGGCACAACCGAUGUGGAAAACACCCAGUCCUGUGUGAUAGGCCAAGAGAAGGUGACUGCUAUGGAACAACACCUUUUUCUGGGCCUGGUUCUGGGCAUCGGCAUCCCUCUGCUCUUGCUGCUGCUCUUGGCUGCACUGGCCUACUUCUUCUGCCGCAAGAAGACUGUUACCGGAGACCUCCAGCACAUGAUGCCAGACUACGUCCAGCAGCAGAACAACCCUCCGCCCUUCAACUACUCCGACCCUGCCCUGCAGUACAUUACCCACAGCAGCCCCCGGAUCCUGGACCACUACGUACCCAGGCAACGCCAUAGAUAGUACAUACUAAAACCACAUACACACACACUGGCUUGAAUAAGUUUACACACCCAUGUUAAAAUUAAUUAAAAAGAGGAAUAAAAAAACAUCUUUUGGAAAUUGAUCUGAAUGCCUUAAUUUGAAAAAAUUAGGAAAAUCCAA